UUGGUGAAGUCCAACAUGGAGAAGCUGACGUUCUACGCGCUUUCGGCGCCGGAGAAGCUCGACCGCAUCGGCGCCUACCUGUCCGAGCGCCUGACGCGCGACGUCGGCCGCCACCGAUACGGGUCGGUGCGGGUGGCCAUGGAGGCGCUGGACCAGCUGCUGCUGGCGUGCCACUGCCAGAGCAUCAACCUGUUCGUGGAGAGCUUCCUGACCAUGGUGGCCAAGCUGCUGGAGUCCGACAAGCCCGACCUGCAGAUCCUCGGCACCAACUCCUUUGUGAAGUUUGCCAACAUCGAGGAGGACACGCCCUCGUACCACCGCAGCUACGACUUCUUCGUGUCGCGCUUCAGCGAGAUGUGCCACUCCGCACACGGCGACCCCGACGUGCGCGACAGGAUCCGGAUGUCGGGGAUCAGGGGCCUGCAGGGCGUGGUGCGGAAGACGGUGAACGACGAGCUGCAGGCCAACAUCUGGGAGCCGCAGCACAUGGACAAGAUCGUGCCCUCGCUGCUCUUCAACCUGCAGCAGGCCGACGGCGCCGAGAGCCGCUCUCCGUCGCCGCUGCAGGCUGCGGAGGCGCAGGAGAGCCCCUGGGAGCUGGCUUGGGAGGGGCUGGAGCUGCUGGGCCGCGCCGCCUUCGGCAACAUCAAGAACGCCCUGCGGCCCGUCCUGGUGCACCUGGACAGCCACGCCCUGUGGGAGCCGCAGGUGUUCGCCCGCGGCUGCUUCCGGAUCAUCAUGUUCUCCAUCCAGCCCCAGCAUUCCCACCUGGUGAUCCAGCAGCUCCUGAGCCACCUGGACGCCAACAGCCGCAGCGCCGCGCCCGUGCGCACCGGCAUCGUGGCCGUGCUCUCCGAGGCCGCUGCCAUCGCCGCCACCGGCGCCGUCGGCCCCACGGUUCUGGAGGUGUUCAACACCCUCCUGCGGCAGCUGCGCCUCAGCAUCGACCUCGCCCUGGCCGGGAAUUCCGGGAAUUCCAGAGCCGCCAAUUCCCAAAAAUCCCGGCAGCUCGAGGAGACCAAAUUCCAGGAGGCCGUCAUCAAAACCAUCGGCUCGUUCUCGGCGACGCUGCCGCCGUACCAGCAGUCGGAGGUGAUGGUUUUCAUCAUGAACAAGGUGCCCAUCCCCGAGAAUUCCCGACAUUCCCGACAUUCCCAAAACUCCCUGGAGCCGGCAUCCGAGAAGGAGAACCGGAACCGCCUGACGCAGAUCAUGCUCCUCAAAUCCCUGCUCCAGGUCUCGGCGGGUUUCCAGUGCAGCAGCCUGCUGACGGCGCUGCCCGGCGCCUUCCUGGAGCGGCUGCUGUCGCCCGCGCUCCUCCCCGACCCCGAAAUCCGAAUUUUCGUCCUGGAGAUCCUCUGCAGCUUCGUCGACCGCCGCGGCCUCCGGCAGCGCCUCUGCCCCAGCAG